AUGAAGUUCCUUCCUUUGCGCGACUUCGAUAAUGUCACCAGUGCGUUGAACUUCAACACACCUGACUGCCACGUCAUUGGCGGUUGUGAUCUUUACACAACCAAAGCUGCUGGCUCAGAUAAGAAACUCUAUCGCAAUAUUGAGAACUCACUAGAGUCUCAAUAUGAAUCUCUUCUCAAAUUAUCAGCUUCUGUAUCACCUCCUCUUGAUGCCACCGAACCUGGCGUAAACCUCUCACGUUCGAGCCCCUUUGGGCCCUUGAGCCAGGUAUCGAGCCGUAGGACUUUCGCAUAUCUUAUUGCAACACUUAACGCAAGUCAUCCUGACUACGAUUUCUCGCACACUCUCCGACCUGCGGAUUUCCAUAAAGAACGAAGCUUGAAGACGGUUAUCAAUACUAUCGAUUCUACACUCUAUAAUCUUAGACCGAGCUCCGGUAUGUCGCUUCAUGUCCCUUCGCAGACAUCAUAUAAGACAGCCUCAUCUGCUGGAGCCACAAGUCAGGCUUGGGGUCCUCAGAUGUGGGCUUUGGUUGAUAAGGAGAUGACCCUCAAAGACUGUACGGUCUAUUCUUGGGCCCCUCCCGAUGAACCAUUCGAUGGUGAGUUGGGAUCUAUCUGGAGCCUCAACUACUUCUUUUUCAACAAAGAAAGAAAAAGAGUUGCGUAUCUCUACGUUCGGGCCGUUCCAGUCAUGAGCCAUAGUCCGAGUCAAGCUCAAGGCAUGAUACAACGAGAAGCCGACUACAAUGAAGAUGGUGCAAAUAAACGCGCUAGAUACUGGCUAGGUGAUCGUGCUGACGAUGUCACCAAUGAUCAAGAUGGAAUUGAUGACACUGAUGUUAACAUGUGGAGUGAGGAUGAUCAUGUAGACCCAGAAGACCAAUACUGCGAUGGCUAUGACGAUGAAGCCGAUGAUGAAUUCGACGACCAGAAUUACAAAGCACCCAUACGUGGUGUUAGUGAAGAUAUUGCUGCUUCGAUGGAUAUUGAUUCUUAA